AUGACGACACCACGAGAGGUGGAGGAUUACAGUGUAUUAAAUGUGACAAAAUAUGAUCCGAGUUUUCAAGGAAGAAUUCUUUCGAGACGGAAGAGGUAUCUUAUAUUUCCAGAAGGCAGUAAUUUUGUGAUUACAUUCGGCCAUGUCAAAAAAAUCAUCACUAAAUACCCCGACAAUUGGAAUCAGAACAAUGAAUUCGACAUCGCCCACAAGUUACCCAGUGACCCCACAUUUGUGAGAAGGAUCACUUUUGGCCACAGGUUACCACGUCCUACAGCUCCUACAAAACCUCCAACAACUGAAAUGCCUAAACCCAUGAUGCCUACUUGGGAUAAGCCAAUGUCUUGGGGACCUCCUCCAGCGUGGGAUAAACCAUCAGCUUGGGGUAAACCUCCAAUGUGGGAUAAACCGACUAUGAUGAAAGCAGCUAUGAAGCCAAUGAUGUCACCUAUGAUGAAACCGAUGAUGUCUCCUAUGAUGAAACCGAAGGUUUGGUCUAGGGGAGGACGGGAGAGGAGAGAUUUGUAUGGAAACUUUGCUACAGUUUUAGGAAGGAUGGGUUUAGAUGGUAAAGCUUGUGUCUACCGAACGCUAUGCGAAGUCAAACAUUUGUUGGCUCCUAAAGGAACAUCCUUGGCUCAUGAUGUAGUCAGAGCAUUAUUCACGCUCUAUACCCACAAUGACAUUGAAGAAGAUGAAGAUAUUUCGGAAGUAAAAGGCUAUCAUGAUGCAUCAAAACAUUUAGAAUGCGACCAAGUUUAUGGAGAAGGUUGCCCAUUCUCAAUAUUGGCAUUGUUGCUCUCUUAUGAUCCUAGAGCUAAUUUGAUAUCAUAA